AUGUAUUAUACAUUACUGCAAACAACACCAAAAAUUCGUUCAUUAGCUAAAUUAUUUGCAACAAAUUCAUGUGUAACUGGUUUUCCACUUAAUCUAUUAAAUUUUAUUGAUGCUGUCAUUAUAUAUUAUGCCGAUGCUAAUAUCAUCAAUGAAAAUCAACGACAACCAGAUUCUUUUUGUGUUCUCAGAGGUAGUUUUCGCUCUGCUACUGUUAGCGCUAUGUAUCAUUCAUUAUGUAUGAAUAGACCAAUUAAAGUUGUAACUAUUAGACAACCACAAGCUGUAUAUCAACAACCGAGAGAUACUUACGAACGCAAUGACGAUGGAUAUGAUUAUCAGGAUGAAAAAUUAUCAACGUAUCGAAGUGUGAAUUCUCAAUCUAAUAUUGAAUUAAUGCGAACACAAGAUUUUCAUCGGCAAGCAUCAAAUGGAAAAAAUUUAUCUUCUUCAUACACAUCUUCGAAUGGUUUACUAAUUGCUGCUGGUAUUCUAUUACUUUUAAUCAUUUUCAUUAUUGCACCAAGUGUUCUCGGUGUGCUUCUCACACGAAAUCCAAUAGUGUCAAAUAAUUCAACAACAACUUCUACUACUACAGUUUAUUCAGCUUAUUGGAGUUUUGAUAAUGAUGCUAAUGAUUUAUAUGGAACAUAUAAUGGUACUCUUGUCAAUGGUGCAUCAUUUUCAAACACUACUUAUUUUGGUCAUGGUUUUAAUUUAGCAUUAAAUGGUUCAGUGAAUCAAUCUGUUAUUAUUACAAAUCCAUUUUUCAAUUUAUCUUAUACAAGUUUUACUGUUGAAGCAUGGAUUUAUGGUAUUGCACUUACAGGACUUGUCAAAGUCAAUGUCUUUAUUUAA